AUGGCGCCCGUCGACCGUGACCAACAGACCGUUGUGGAGCAGCAGCUCCAGAACAUCAUCCAGGACCUGUACGAGAUCAUGGUCCAGGUCACCAACUACGACACCACGCCCCGCCCCACGCGCGACGUCCUCGCCGACCAGAUCAAGUACCUCGCCACCUCCCUGCACACCCUGCACACCACCGCCUCGACCACGCCGCUGCCCUCGGUCCCGCCCGAGCUCAUCCACUACGUCGAGAACGGGCGUAACCCGGACAUUUACACCCGCGAGUUUGUCGAGCUCGUGCGCAGGGGCAACCAGACCUUCAACGGCAAGCUGAACGCCUUUGCCGGCUUUCGCGACAUGCUGGCGCGGGACAUUGCCAGCGCCAUGCCCGAGCUCAGGGACGACGUGGACAGUAUUAUGGAGGGCGCGGGGCUGGCGUCACCCAGUACGGUUGGGCAAGGCGAUGUCAAGACGGAGGACGGACUUGGGGAUGUGCAGAUGAGUGCAGGGCCGGAAAAUGGGUCUGGCGGUGCCGGAGCCGCAUCGUGA